UUUGUUUUCAUUUUCACUGUCCACCUUGCUGUGCACAAAAAAUAUACGGUACAGCAAUCAACCAAUUUUGCAAUUUUGGAUUAUUCUGCAAAAGACUGUCAAUAUGUCCAGAGAUGGACCUGCUCAACUUUUUGUUGGACGUUUGGGUAAAUCAACUAGAUAUAGAGACGUCGAAGAGGUUUUUGGAUCGUAUGGAAGAAUGAUGCGAUGUGAUAUUAAAUACGGCACUGCCAUGGCUUAUGCGUUCAUUGACUAUGAAGACAGACGAGAUGCUGAGGAUGCUGUGAAGUACGAGAAUGGGCGCGAAAUUGCUGGACAACGAAUUGUUGUUGAAUUUGCAUACGGCCCUAAGCGAGGUUAUGCAGAUGAUGAAUGCUACAAAUGCGGCCGUUUUGGUCAUUUUGCCAGGGACUGCCGUGAUCCACGGGCUCGCGAUUAUCGAGACAGGCAGAGGGAUGGUUACGAACGGAAUAAAAGGCAGUACUAUAGAAGCCGCAGUAGAAGCCGCGAACGUCGCAGGCACCGAAGUCGCAGCCGGCAGCGCAGGAGUGUGGACCGCCACAGAGAACGUAGACAUAGGCGUAGUGCAAGUAAGUCAAGAAGCCGAACUCCUGUCAGGCGAAGAAGAAGUCGUAGUCGUUCGCAUUCCGCAAGCCGAUCACGUAACAAUAGCCGAAGCAGAAGCAGAGAUGGUAGUGAAAACUGUAAAGGCAGUAAUAGUGACAGUGACAACUAAAUUACAAUUCAUUUUUUUAAAUAAAAGAUAUACUCUCUGUUAAUAAUAUAAUAAAAUUAAGAAUAAAAUUUUAAUUUGAAUUGCUUAAUUUAUAAUAUAUUAACUUUCAAUUAAAAAUUUUAAUGAGAAAAUGAUCUUUUAGCCAAUUUAAUGCAUAAUGUAUAAUGCUAUUUCUAUAUUCUUUGCAUAGGUUCUGUGGUGUAGAACCUUUAAAUUGGCUAGUAAUUCAACACGAUUUUCAAAAGCCUUUAAACACUAUAUAAACUGUUCAUCUAAGCCCAGCUGAAUGAAUGUUUUUGCUAAGGUCCCACAGCAGCGUAAAUCUAAAAAUGUGGUUGUGGGACAACAUAUAUUUGUGGACAAGCAUAUAAUGCCCUGUUGUGAUUGGUCCGUCUUGAUGUUUGAUUGACACGUCUUGAUGUUUGAUUGACACAAUUUAAAGGUUCGUUGUUUUAAUCUGCAUCUAAACGGGAGUUAAUAAUAUUUGAUCUGUUUAAAUAAGCAAUUCAAUGUUUAAAUUAAAAUUGUAAAAUUUUUCUCAGAUAGUGUAUCUUUAAGAAUUUAUAUACAUGUAUUAAUAGGCUGAGAUACUGCAGUGCAUUAUGUGUGAAGGAGUGGUCCCCUGUGUAUGUGUAGGUGAAUUUGUAUGGUUACAUUUUUAAAAUAUAGAGUUUGAUAUUAAUUCUACGACCUUCAUAAAGUGUAGCAUCUCUUUAACCCCUGUCCACACUAUCAAAUUCUGUUUGACAGAAACCCAAUAUAGUCAUGAUGUGCCCAUAUAUGGUCAUGAUGUGAUGUCAUCAUGACUGUAUUUCGGCAUUUCACAUGUUUUCGUCAAAUAAAAUUAAUCUGUACAGGACUUUUGAUCAGAUAUAAUUAUUCAGUUUUUUUGCCAACAGGUCUACCAUAAUGUGUGUACCAGCACUUCCCAGAAAUGCAUAUCAUCCAAUAAGAAAGGAUCUGAAAUUUUAGUGUAAGAAGGUACUUAGUACGUGAUUUUCUUUCAAUGUGAUUUUUAAGAUGAAUUUUGCUAAAUUUACUUUCUAUUUUCUUCCUUUUGUUACAAUAUAAUUUUUUCCUUUGGGGUUUGGAAUAUAGUGUUGUAAGAAUACCUGUAUAUGUUUAAAUGUACUGUACUGUAUAUACCAUUCCACUGCGAUAAAACAGCAAAAUUAUUAUUUUUUUAUUUUUCCAAAGUACACACCUUGAAUGAAAGUUAGAUAGUUGAAGAAGCAAAAAAAAACAGAGCAGCUGCCAAUGAGUGCAGCUAAAGAACUCCUAACUUAGCAUGAAAUUAUUUACAUAGCUCUUAUGUACAGAAGAGCUUCCAGGGUCAUAGUCCCCUGGACCUAAUAGGAAACACCUCACACUAGCUUUUGGAAUAGGUUCCCCUAUAGUUUCUUGAUUGCCAUUCAUGCAUGGGCAAAACAUCCUUGAUCCACAAAAUAAAGUAACAAAACUGAAAUUUAUUAGUGAUGAGAUAUUUGUUCAAUUUGAAUAAAGGGUAUUUUUGCAGCAACUGCUUCUCAUGUGACCUGAUUCAAGUCACAUGCUCUACAAUAUAUUUCCUUAAAAAGGCCUGGGAUCCUACUUGUAUUGGCCUUAAGUAUCUUUCAGCAUGGGGCAAACCAUAUUUGAUUUAACUUGGAAAGAAUCCUAUCACUCUGAGUGACAUUUUCUUGAGAUGAAUGUCAUGAGUAAAUAGAAACAUCCUCAGGUUUCUGAUUUUUGAUUAGAUGUUACUGACGUAGGCUCAUAUUUCACAUGUACACUCUUACAUUCUGUUCUAUGUGCGACAAAUACAUCAGUUGAUGAUGGGAGAAACUUUAAAAUUUUCAUUUCAUGCUUGGUAAUAUAUUUUGUAUCAAGAGCCUGGUUCCUGUGCAUAUACUGUAACACUGUAGUUACUACAUCCGUGCAUUGCAUAACAUAGAAUGUAGAGCUAGAUUAUUUUUAUAUUCAUGUUAUUUCUUGUAAUGAAUAUUUUUAGAUAUUUACAAAUCGUCUUAGUGAAUCACAAUUGCAAUAACCUAUUGUUUGUCAAUUUAGGAUAAAGCCUGUUUACCACAAUAGUUUCUGUGGAGUUUAUCAUAAAGUAAUUUAAACUAUACUGCAAUCAAUAUGCGAAACAUACACUUUAAAUCGUCAAAUUUUAAAACAACACCCACCAAUGGACCUUUUCUCUAAGCCACACCCCUUGGAUAUUGUUGCUAAGGUCACACAAAGGACAUUGUAAAAGAGGGUAAAAGCAUACACAAACACGUGUAUCUGUAGGCAGGGCUCAGGGUGGGAAUUAUCCAAAAUAGUGUUAUUUGGAUAACCAAAUUAUAUAUUUUUAAAAAAAUUUUCGAUCUGACGACCUAGUUGUUCGUCGGACAGGCCUGGACCCUCUGUUGUCCGAUGAACAACUAGGUUGUCAGAUCGAAAAU